UGCAGAAAACAGCUUUUGGCACUAAGGAUUGCAACUUCGGCAGUACCUUCACCAGGGUCUUCACUGUGUUGGAAAUUUUAAAGUAGAGCACUCUGGUUUGGACGUUACUGGAUUUUUUUUUAAAGAUGGGAAUGGGAGAUUUUAAAUUCAUUUAUUUUGUAACACUGGUUCUGCAUCUGAGUGUUUACACUUCAGGAGCAAAAAUGGAAAAGCAAGGGCAGAAAGGUCAGGAGCCAAAUGCUAACGAAAAGACACCUGCAAAUGUUGAAGAGGACAUCUUUGAUCAAGAUGAUUCACAAAAACACUCUCAGCAAGAAAUGUUUACUUUGGAAAACAGUAUGGAUGAAGAUAGAGGAUCAACAAAUGCACAAACUGCAAGCCCUUUGCCUUUCACUGUGAUUUUCAAUUCCUCAAUAUUUGACAAUAAUAACAGCAAUGAAACCACAGGUGAAGAAGUACCUAAUGGCAAUCCAACUAAAAGGAGCAUCACAAAAAUCCACAAUCCAUUGUUUCCUAUCACUGACAGCUCUUACAGUACCUAUGGGAUUCUCUUUCUGGCUUUUGUGGUGUUCGCCUUCGGCAUUGUCGGUAAUUUGGCAGUAAUGUGCAUUGUUUGGCAAAACUAUUUCAUGAGGAGUGCAUGGAACUACUAUCUUGCUAGUCUGGCAUUUUGGGAUUUCCUGGUGUUGUGCUUCUGUCUGCCUGUGGUGGUCUUUAAUGAACUCACCAAUAAGAGGCUGCUGGGAGAUUUCUCCUGCAGGGUUGUGCCUUACAUAGAGGUAACAUCACUUGGUGUGACCACCUUCAGUCUGUGUGCUUUGGGUAUCGACCGUUUCUACGCUGCAACAAGUUCCCUGCCAAAGACCCGACGGGUUGAGCGUUGUCAGAAGGUCCUAGCCAAGCUGGCUGUGGUGUGGAUUGGCUCCAUGGUACUUGCAGCUCCAGAGUUGCUCCUGUGGCAGCUGCACCAAGUGACACCAUCUGCUGUUGGCAACCAGGUGGACACCUGCAUCAUGAGCCCAUAUCCAGAACUCCCAGAAUCUAUCUAUUCUCUGAUUAUCAACUACCACGACGCACGCAUGUGGUGGUACUUUGGCUGUUACUUCUGUCUACCUGUCGUCUUCACCCUGCUCUGUCAGUUGGCCACUUGUCACGUGUCCGGUGGGAGUGGAAGUACUCUCAAGCGGCCAGAGGACCGAUCUCCAUCCAAAAAGCAGAAUCUUCAGCAUGCCCAACAGGUCAAGCGACAGCUCAACUGCACGGUCAUGGCUCUAGCAGUGGUCUAUGGAGUUUGUACGCUGCCCGAGAAUGUUUGCAACCUGACCCUGGCUUAUUCUCCCAUCCAGGUGUCUGAGGAGGUGUCUUCUCUUUUGGGCCUCAUAAAUCAUUUUUUCCUUUUCUUUAAGUCAUCAGUGACGCCCGUGCUGCUGCUUUGCCUGUGCAAGUCUCUUGGCCAGGCCUUCAUGGACUGUUGCUGCUGCUGCUGUGAAGAAUGCCAACCAAGCAACUCUUCAUCCAGACAAAAUAUUGCCAAAGGCAAGCUCAAGACCACCAAUGAUGUGUCCUCCAUUUUUUUUGACAAAGCCAAGGACAGUACAACCAUCUUGUCUAUUGGUAGCUGAGUAGGCAGAUCCUGUCUCUAAGUCAUGAAAUCGUUAGAUGACGUGGAGCCACUACUACUACCUACCAUUAUCCCAUCAUCCACAAGUGGCCAUCUUUACAUCGGCAGUUCCCACUGUUUAUGUUGGUGCAUGUUUGCACUGUCCACAAAUUUGAGGCCAUUUUUGCCAUUUCCAUGGUUUAAGCAUGAACUGUUAGUGGGUAAAAGACCAUUUCAAUCAAGAGCAAGUUUUAAGUUUGGCUAAGUAAAUCUUAAAGCAGGGUUUUCAUUUCAUACCAUCUCAGAAAUGACUCAAUGUACCUAUAAUUUCUUAAUAUGUACAACAUACUAUCCCAGGGUCAUACCUAGAGUUAUUGCAGUUUUUUAAUUUCCCAAACUUAUGAACUACUGUUAUGUAUGUACCAAUAAUUGUGAAUUUCAUGCAUAGUUCCAAGUGUUUUAAAUUAUUAGUAAAAACACUCUGUGAGAUCAGAAAUUUUAUCAGAUCACAAAUAGGGCCUACUGAUAUUAUUCAUAUAGGAAAACUUGCCAAACAAAAAACUUGGUAUGGCUUGAGAAUUUGUCUGUUAGGCUAAAUUUAUUUAUCACUAAUUUCAAUUAAUACCACAUUUGUCAUCCACUGUCAACCACUGAAUAUUCAUCCACACUGUUGAUUUUACAUUUCUGUACAUGCACUCUAAUGUAUAUGUAUCGUUAGAAUGUAAAGAGAUAAUAGCAAAUUUAAAAAAAAGCAAAAUCCUGAGCAAACUAGCUUUUCUGAGCCUCAUUAUCAAGUAGUCUGAAAACAAAAUUAAAUUGUAUCUUCUCAAUGGACUACUUUGGACAAAAUUUGCACAUAGUUGUUUUCAUAAGCAAAUUGUUUUAAACGUACAUAAAAGUUUGAAAAAUCA